AUGGCUAAACUUUUAACGGACCCUAUAGUAGACGUUUCCGAUGAGAAAACGCCUGAUCAACCUUCAAACUCUCCUAAAAAAAGCUAUCACAAAAGAUCUCAAUCCACUGCUGACAAGUCUUUUGUUAUCGAAAACAUGAGCCCAAGAAAGUCAAAAGAAAUUAAAGGAAAGCAAAUGUGGAAUGCAGUCCAAUCUAGAAAAGAACUUGAUAUACCUAUUAAUAAUCAUUAUUUAUCAAAAAAUGAAGCCUUAUUUUAAUUAUAUUCUCUUUAAAUAAGUAUAAAAAAAUCCAGGCAAUACAAAACAGAAUCAAACACUUAGAAAAAGAAGAAACUAACUCCCCCCCCCCCCCCUCCGUGAGCGAACAAAAAAAUUUUGUUCGCUCACGGAGGGGGGUUAAUUUUUUUUUUUUAAAACAAAUUUAUAUAUAAAUUUUAUAAAAAAUAUUUUUUUCGAAAUUUAAAAAAAUCCUAAUUUGCAAAAAUUGGGAAGCAAAUAUUAAUUUAAUUUGCAAAAUUUAUGUUUUAAAACGCAAUUUGUUUAAAAUUAAACAGAAUUAGCUCUAGAUUUCAUUAUACUAAUUAUCACUUAUAUAUCAAAUUUUUUUCCAUUAAAAUUUUUUCUAUUAAAAAAAUUUUUGUUCACUCACGGAGGGUGGGUUUUUGGUCAAAAAAAAUGGCGAUUUUUCUAAUGGUUUUGUUCGCUCACGGGGGGGGGGGGGGGAGUAAGGCUAAAAAAGUUAUUGAAAUGUCAAAUAAGCGACAAGGCGAAAGAAAAAAUGUAAGAGGAAAUCAUGAAAACCAUGUCCAAUUAAAGAUUGAUACAAAAAUAAAACGAGAUAAAGACCUUGAGGCUAAAAAACAAAGAAUUUCAAUAGAAAAUGAAAAUAGGAAAAACAAGCUGAAUGAGACAAAAAAUAAUUUGCUGCAAAGAAAUUUAACUGCAAAGCAGAAAAUUAAACAGCAGCAAGAAACUAAUGAAAAUUUGACGAGAAGUUUUAUGGAAAAAGUAAAAUCAGAAAAUAAAGAAAAAGCUCAGUUGAUGUACAAGGCAGAGAAAAUGACCAAGCAUAAGCGAAGCUUAAGCGCAAGGCUCGAUUUUCAGUCAAAAGAAAUUAAUUAUAUCCAGAAGCUAGAAUAUGAGCAAAAGACCCAAGAGUUGCAAGAAGGAGAACUCGAGAGACUAGAGAAAAUGGAAGAAGAGAUCAUUGAACGACUAAAAUACACCAAAUGUCUUGAAAGAGAAACACUCAGUAAAGAACUAAGUUCUUCGAUGGUGAUUUCAAGACCUUUUAUGACUCCAACAAAGUUGGAUGACCCUUUGAUGAAUACCCAAAGAAUUUUCUUUAACUUUUUCUAUUUGUCAAAGUCUUUUCUCGCUAAUUUUUUUUAAAUUAGGAUUUUUCUAAUAAUUUAGCUCAGACGGAGUAAGCAAUCUCCAAAGUCAUCAAUUUUAAAGAAAAGUAUUUAA